CCGCGCUUCGCCGCCGUCCGCGGCCCUGGGGCCCCGCUGAGCAACGGCAGCAUCGCCCCGCGCCGCCGUCGCAGCGGGCUGAGGAGGCGGCGCCGAGCUCAGGUGCCCCCGGAGCUGCCCCGGCCCGCCCAGGUUUUGCUGGAUACGCCAAAUCAAUAUUAGAAAACAAUGUCCCUUGACUUUGAUAGUGGAGCUCUACAAACUCAGCACGAAGAUGAAGACUAUGACCAAGAAGAUUAUGCAAGAGAGCAAGAGUUGCAACAGUUGUUGACAGAUCUUCCCCAUGAUAUGCUGGAGGACAGUGGAGACCAACUCUCCAGUUACUCAGACUGUAGCAUUCAGGAGACUGAGGAGCAGUCACACGAGCCUGGGAAGCUUGAUGGAAGGUGGAAUGAUCAUCCACUGAUCAGUGAUCCUCCAAAUGGCUAUGAACAAGGACAAAAUCUGUACCCUGAACAAUUCUUGUGUGACCAGCAAACUGAUCAUGUUGAAAAACAUGGGAAGAAUUGGAAUGGCCUACAUAAUGAUGAAGAGAAGAAACAUUUAUAUGAUGUUAAAGAAGAUUACUGUGGCCAGGAUGGCCAAGGUGCUCCAGAUAAUGUGUAUCUUGGUAGAGAUGGGUUUAACUCUCCAAGUUGCUACCAAGAGAACAAUAUGUAUCAUCUUCCUGAAAACUUCAGGCCUUAUACAAAUGGCCAUAAACCAGAAUUUAACAAUCAGCAAAAUAAAAUAUUAAAUUUUUCAGAUGAUCCAAAGGAACAUAUUAAGCAGUUUGUUCCAUCUGAUGUUGUCAAUGGCCAGUCACCAGAAUCUUACAAAGUGACUUAUAAACCCUACCAAAAUGGCAUUCAUCAAAAUAUUCCAGGAAUCCAAGAAGGAAAUAGAAGAAAUGAAGUGUUUGAAGGUUUGCAACAUGAAUUCUUGGGCAAUGAUGAAAAGUCUUCAGAAAAUAUGCAGAUUCUUCAACUUCAAGUUCUAAAUAAAGCAAGGGAAAGACAACUGGAAGAACUUAAUGAAAAGCUAGAAAAGAGUGCACAGCAGAUUAGGUAUUUGAAUCAUCAGCUUUCAAUGGUCAAAGAUGAAAAGGAUGGUUUGGCUCUUAGUCUUCAUGAGUCUCAGAAACUCUAUCAGAAUGGAAAGGAACGGGAAAUGCAUCUUGAAGGCCAAAUCAAGGCCCUUGAAACUCAAAUUCAGACUCUUACUACCAAUGAGGAGCAGAUUCUGAAGCAAUCCAAAGUGGCAGAGGUGGCCAUGGAGAGCAUGCAAAAGCAGCUGUUAGAACUUCAGAGAUCAGAUGCCCUCCAGCGAGCCAGAGAGCAACACGAGGCCAUUAUUUCUGCACUCAAGCAGAAGUAUGAACAGCAAGUAUUGUCAUUAGAGCAGAAACUUGAUACUGCACAAUCUGCACUCCGAGAGCAGAAAGAGCUUUGCAAAAAUCUAGGAGAGCACGUUAAGCAACUUGAAAAAAUGCUGGAAGAAACCAAAUGUGAGAAAACUGAAAUAAUAAAUCGACUGACAAGAAGCCUAGAAGAAAGCCAAAAGCAAUGUGCAAAUUUACUGCAAACAGGCUCAAUGCAGGAGACAAAUCAGUUACGGUUUCAGUUGCAGCAAGCUCAGUCUGCACAGAUUAUAAGCAACAACAUGAACAAGGCUUUGCAGGAAGAAUUAAUGGAACUGAAAGAAGAAAUAGCUUUGUAUGAAUCUGCUGCCAAGCUUGGAGUGUUUUUGAAUGAUGCAGGUGGAGAGCAACCUAUGAGCCUGGGUGAUUCCUAUGUAGAACUGGGAAUUAAAAAAAUCACAGGGAAGAAGCCAAAAUUCUGCAGUGCAAUACAGAACAGAGACAUGGAAAAAGAACUCUCUAAAGAUGAAAUUAUUGUAGAAUUAAAAGCUGAGCUGGAACGUUUAUUGAGCAGUAAUAAAAUGAAGAGAAACCAGAUUACUCAACUACAAAAUAAUCUUAAGGAUUGCCAGAAGACACUAGAGGAAUACAAGCAGUUGAAAGCAGAAAAAGCAUCAAGAGAUUCAGAGCCUGUUACAAAUUUGAAGGAUGCUUCUGAUAAUCUAAAGGAAGAAAUUCUGAGACUCAAAAAGGCUAAUGAAGCUUUGCUGCAGGAAGUUGAGGCCCAUACUUCAACUAUUAAAGAACUGAAGGAAAAUGAGGAAAAACUGAAAAGCUUAAAUCAAGACCUCUGUUGUGAGAUGAGAAAGAUGGUUCAGGAGUUUGAUCAUGAUAAGCAAGAAGCCAUUGACAGGUGUGAAAGAACUUACCAGCAACAUCAUAAGGACACCAAAGCACAUUUUGAGAAGGAGCUGAUGGAGAGGUUUGCUGUAGAAAAGCAGCUGCUUCUUCAAACUUCUGAAGAGACAGUCUCGCAGUUAAAGGAUAACAUAGAGGAGCUGAACAAAGAGAUUACGGCAGUGAAGGAAUGUUACAUUGGAGUUUGUCAGGAGAAGGACACCUUGGAAACUACUUUAAGACAGAAGUUUCAACAAGAGCAGCAGCUGAAGGAAGAGAAGCUCAAGAAACAGCUACUAGAAGAAAAGGAACUCUCCCUUAAACUUCUGAGGACUGAGCUUGAAGAGGAACACAUCAGGUCCAUGAGAGCAGCAAAGAAGCAGUGGCUGGAAGAGAAAAACCAGCAAGUUCAAGAAGAAGUUGCAUUAGCCAAAGUUCGCUGGGAAAAGGAAGAAAAGGAGAAUAAAGAACAAGUCUUUGCCAAAUUAGAAAGAGAAUGGCAAAGUAGGCUGGAAGAAGUGAGAAGAACUGUAGCUGAAUAUAAUGACUGCAGUUGCCAAACUGACCAAGUUGUGGAUGAAGCUUCAGCAAAAGAGUUAGAAGGGGCUGCUGAAGACCAGAGGGUGCAGAUCCAGAAGGCUCUGAAAGAAAAUGCAGCCUCUGAAGAGGCCUUAAAAGAAUUUGAAUUAGAACUGGAAAAUAAAUACUGUAAAAAUCUUGCCAGCCAGGUAGAUGCAGCUUUAGCCCAAGCUCGUGCCAAGUGGCUGCAAGAGUACAAACUAAAACUAAAGACAGAACAAGAAAAAUGGGAAAAGGAACACCAAAAGACUACAGCAGAGCAGUUAGCCCUGGUUCUCUCAGCUGCUGAGGAGAAAUGGAAGAAAGAAUAUGAAAGUACAGAGACACCUGCACUAAGAGUUAAAGAACUUGAAGAAAAGAUAAUUUCUUUGAGGAGGGAAUUGGAGCUAAAGAAUGAGGAAAUCCCUGCAGCUGUCAAAGCAGAAGUAGCAAAAGCCCGUGUGCAGUGGAACAAAGAAAAACAAGAAGAAAUUCUGCAGAUACAAGAGCAAAAUGAGAGAGACUACCAAUCAUUCUUAGAUGAUCAUAGAAACAGAAUUAAAGAGGUCCUUGCAACAGCAAAGGAGGACCUUGCAAAGCAGAAGAACGAUCUCUCCAUGCAGAAAGAGGCAGAAAUCAAGAUGUUACUAAGCCAAAAGCAGCGAGAAUGGGAGGCUCAGGAAGCCAAGAGACUGCAGGAUGAAAUGAGUCGGUAUGAGGAGAAGACUCUGGUUGAGCUGGAGUAUUUGUUGAGUGAAAUUCAUGAAGAACUGGUCAAGUGCACACAGAGUAAACAUUCUUGGAAGGACAAGUGUUUUGGCUCUCAUGUUCAAUUAACCAGUCAAGGCAAAGACAAACUGAAGGCUUGUUUACAAAAGGCCUAUAGAAACACGGUGUGCACAAUUCUGGAAAAGAAAGAGCGAGAAUGGAAAGAGAAAUAUGAAGAGCUAGUGAGUAAUGCAAAUAAAGAAUCGUACCCUUACCUACAACAUGGUGCAGGAAACACUGGGGAUGUGGCAAGACCCCCUGUGUGCAGUGUUGGACACCAAGCAGAGGCACAAAGGAGGCUGGGAAGACAGACACCCUUGCAGGAAGCUGGAACAGAAAAAGAAAAUGAGAUGGUUCCAGGAGCUCUAAUUGCACAAAAUUCUGAGAUGAAGACUAAACUGAAGGACCAGGGAUCACCACCAAGGUCAUUGCCAAGGGAAGGCAUCUCAAAACCUUGUGCACCCUCUGACUCUGUGAAAGGUCUGGAAGAAAUGCGUGCUCACUACAUCAAAGCUUUGAGCAAGAUUAAGUGUGAUAUGCUUUGUUAUAUCCGUGAAAGUAAGGAACGAGCUGCUGAGAUGAUUAAAGUGGAGGUUUUAAGAGAGCGCCAAGAGACAGCACGGAAAAUGCGCAAAUACUACUUGACAUGCCUUCAACAGCUGCUCACUGAUAAUGGCAAACAUGAAGGAGCUGAAAAGAAAAUAAUGGAUGCUGCCAGUAAACUUGCUACGAUGGCUAAAGGGCUGGAAACGCCUCUUCGGCACAUUCCCCAGCGCAAAUCUGCCUGCCCAGCUCUGCGUUUAAAUUCUGAUCCUGGAGGUGAGUGCUCCGAGAGAGAUUGUGUGCUUCGGACUAGGUCACACCACAUGGAAAGCAAAUCAUGUAGUGAAAGCAGUACUGAAAAAGCCACUGAUAAAGUUGUCCAGAAGCGUGUUCCACGUGACUUGAGACAGCAGUUUGAUGGAAUGCAGACCAAAACUCAACAUGUGCUUUGUGAAACAGUGACUUCAGAUAUUCGGAACAGGAAUAAUUCUCAAAAUCUGGAUGGUGCCUCUAGAGGUGUUCUACCAGAAUGUUACCCGAAUGAAGAUGGAAGAAGAGAAAAAUAUGGCCCCAUUGCAAAUGUAGACAAAGGACCAUUGUGUGCUGUGAGUAAUGGUGAUGCUCCUCCCUCUGCUGGUCAGGGAGCACUACAAAAUAUGCAAAUACCCAGGGUUACAAAUGGCCACAGCAGCUCUGGGCCUACUCAUCAUAUGAUUAAGAGCAAGAAUGGAAGAACAGGCUUGGAAGAGGAUAAAUGUAUCAAAUCAUGUGGAAAAUGGAAAACUAAGUCUAAGAGAAGUCAAAAAUUUGAUUUUAAAGACCCUCCAGAAAGAGAUGAUGGAAGCAGUAGUGAAUGGAGUUCUGGGAAUGGAAGCAUGUAUCUGGAUUGUGGUGAAAUGCCUCUCUUGUAUCCUCAACAAAAAGCCAAUACUAAUGUUCAAGCACAGACUGUGUACUGUGAAGAGUUUCCUCACAUCAGGUCAUUUUCUCCUGCAGAUGAAAAUGUUACUUCUCAGAGAGACAUUUCUAGUGGCAGUGGCAAGACGCUCAGUACAAAAAGCAGCAGAAAAGUUUACAGUAGAGGCCAGCAGAUAACAAACCCAGAGCAUACUUCAUUCCUCAACUCUUGACAAAUCGAAUUCAGCUGUCCCACAACUCAAUGCAACAUCAGAUUCAAAUGUAGGAAAAUGCUGCAACAAAUGCUUGGAGAAUAAUGGUGUGGGAUGCCCAGUCUCAGCAAGAUAGUGUUUUUUAAUUAGCCCACUCUCUAACUUGAACCAAUACCAGCAGUCCUUGUUUGAAGGAAAAAAUUAACUUGAUGUUUAAAUAAAGUGUGAUGAUUCAGGAAAAUCCUUUCUACUGUGUCCAUUUCGUGAUCAAUGUUACAUGAACAAACUUUAUCAAGUUACUUGAAAUAUUACUGCAGAAUUUUCUUUACCCUUGUAAUAACACUUUCAUAAAUGUUUAUAGUGUACUAGAUACAAAUUUAUUAAAUAGAAUCUAUUUUUAUAUUCAAUAUAGCGUGCAGUGUUUAUCUAAAACCAAGCUACUGUAACUUGUGGUCAUUUUUAAAAUGGUUUUCAAAAUUCCUUCAGAGCGUAAUGAGAGAUGUUUGAAGUUAGUAUUUUAAUUGACUUCC